AUGCCCUCGCCGUCGCCCUCCCCCCGCUGGACCCCUUCCCCCGCCCCCUCUCCUGCGCCGUACCGCCGCGAGCCGUCCUUUGUGCCGCCCUCGCCGUCUGACUCGCGCCUGCUGUCGCCGUGGGAUGGCGGAGGAGGCAGCACACCUUCUGUUGGUGGCUCGGCCACGCCUGUCUCGCAGGGUCGGGACGGGGAGGAGAGGGAGGGAAGCGUGCAAGCAGAGGGGGGAAGGGCUCGGCGGUCGCACAAGCUUCGGUUCCGAGCGGACUCGUCAGCUUCGGAGGGCGGUGCGAGCACACGCCGAAGCACAGCAGGAGGCCAGGCGCCAUCCCAGCAGCGGGAGAGGAUAUCUGAGACGUCUCAAACACCGCCUGUCCCUCUUUCCUUUGCCCCUCUCCCCUUGCACGCUCCUGCAUGCCCCCAGGCGCCAUCGCAGCAGGAGAGCGAGUGGGACACGGAUUACCGUGCUGACAGGGAGGCGGGGGAGGGAGGGGGGGCAGGCGCGGAGGAGGAUGAGGGCCUGCGCCGGGGAGAUGGAGGAGGCGGAGAGGCAGGCCGACCGCUCCUGGUGAGUCUGGUCUCUGGGUACGACUCAGAGGAGGCGGGCAGUGUGUUUGACUCGGGCGAGGGCUCUAACCCGUUUGGGGGAUUCGGCGACGAGCAAGCGGAGGAGCGCAAGAAGGAAGCAGCGGCGAGGCAGCAGCGCAUGGUGCGGUCAGACGGGUACGACUCGGAGGAGGCUGGAAGUGUUUUCGACUCCGGAGAGGGAAGCAACCCGUUUGGGGGAUUCGGCGACGAGCAAGCGUUUGAGAAGAAGGAGGAGCGCAAGAAGGAAGCAGCGGCGAGGCAGCAGCGCAUGGUGCGGUCAGACGGGUCGGCCAUGUCUCUGGCGGCCAGCAAGCGCCUCACCCAGCUGUCGGCGGACCAGGGCGUCGUGGGAGGACCGGCAGCUCAUGCGGUCGGGAGUGACACGAAGCCACCGUUCCUGGACGGGCGAAUCGUGUUCACGAAGCAGCAGGAGCCGGUGAUGCCGCUGAAGGACCCACAGUCGGUGAUGCGUUUCAAGGACCCCACGGCUGACAUGGCCAUCAUCACUCGCGAGGGCUCUGCUCUCAUUAGAGAGAUUCGGGAGAAGCAGCAGCAGAACAAGAGCAGGCAGAAGUUCUGGGAACUUGCAGGAAGCAAGCUGGGGAACAUUCUCGGCGCCAAGAAAUCUGCCGCUGAUGUGAAUGCGGAUACAGCCAAGGUGGACGAGGAGAGCAAGGUGGAUGCGGAUACAGCCAAGGUGGACGUGGAGGGAGAGGUGGACUAUAAGGACAAUGUGAAGUUCGCCGACCACAUGAAGAGCACGGGCGGCGCUGCCAGUGACUUUGCCAAGAACAAGUCGAUAGCCGAGCAGCGCAUGUACCUGCCCAUCUACUCCGUCCGCGACGAGCUGCUGCAGGUGAGAAUCACCACUGAGUUUACGCUGCUGUGCGUGAGUAGCUCUCAACACAAAGCACAGGGCGCUGCCAGUGACUUUGCCAAGAACAAGUCGAUGGCAGAGCAGCGCAUGUACCUGCCCAUCUACUCCGUCCGGGACGAGCUGCUGCAGGUGAUUCGCGAGAACCAAAUUGUGGUGGUGGUGGGCGAGACAGGCUCCGGCAAAACAACACAGAUGACGCAGUACCUGCACGAGGAUGGCUACACCACAUACGGCAUGGUGGGGUGCACACAGCCGCGGCGCGUGGCAGCGAUGAGUGUGGCCAAGCGCGUGGCGGAUGAGAUGGAGUGCGAGCUGGGGUCCACUUACAUGACGGAGGGAGUGCUUGCUGAGGGAGUCGCUCAGAGAGCCGGACCUCGACCAGUACAGGUGUAUGCCAUGCUCUUGCCAUGCCUUUGCCUUUGCGCCUAUACUGGUGCCAUCAUAAUGGACGAGGCACACGAGCGCUCAUUGAACACGGACGUGCUGUUCGGGGUGCUCAAGCACGUGGCGGCGAGACGAAGGGACUUCAAGCUCAUCGUCACGUCCGCCACGCUCAAUGCUGAGAAGUUCUCCACUUCUUCGCAGGUGAGGGUGCUGGGGCAGGUGAGGGGUGCUGGGGCAGGUGAGGGGUGCUGGGGCAGGGGCGCACCUUCCCCGUCAGUCUCAUGUGAAGCAAGCCCCUCUCUCAUCCUUAACCCCUCACUUCCUUCCCCCAUCUCCUCUACCUUCCUUUCUUGCAGCGUACCGGUCUUCUUCAUCCCAGGGCGCAGCCUUCCCAGUGAGCAUCAUGUGGAGCAAGUCGCCUUGUGA